AUGGGUGCAAACCAGAGCGCAGGCCGAACGUUUCCUCUACGUCCCCGUACACCUUUACGAUUCGGUUCAGUCCCAAAUGCUCUUCCCGUCAACCAAAGCGAUUUCAAUACAAGUCCGAGACCAUACAGUGAUCGCUUGACCGAUGAGAGCUCGAUGUUCUCAUUGCUAUCACAAGAGAGCUAUUUCAACUCACCGUUGAUGACCCCACCACUAGAAUUCGAAGAUACAUCAUACCCACGAACGAGAUCCGUCUCAUCGUUGUCUUCUUCUUCUGAUAAUAGCAAUACUAUGCAGCCCCAUCGAUUCACCUGUCCUAAACAAGACUGUCCCUACAUGAUUAUAGGAUACUCCACUUCUGAGGAACUCGAAGAGCAUAUGUUCGCCGUAAACCAUUAUCUUCCUGGUCCUACAGGUCCGGAGUUCGACUUAGAAGGCUGGUUUUCACCGCAAGAGAUCCCAGAUCCAUACUCACAACAUCCCCUUACACUCCAGAGACAGCGAAUUGUCGAGCAGCAGCAGAAGCAGCAGCAAACAAAGAAAUCUCAACAAUGCAAUUGUCAUCACUGCCUUCAUCAAGUCGGGUAUAACGAUCUCCUCCAAUAUGAGUCUCCACAACCUUCAAUGCAGAUUCAAAUGCCUCCUCCACCUACAAUAAUUGGAUACCAUGAUGCUGGGUUUGAGUUGGUCUCAUGGCGUCAGCCAGAACCAUCCUACAACUCCGCUGCUUCUCCAGUGGCCCAGAAAAUGAAUCAGGCAGAAUAUUCUUCAUUGGUCCAGUCAGGCAUGUAUAUGGACUUCAACCAAGUGGGUGCUUCAGGGAGAUCAUCUUUUAUGUAA